AUGGAGAUAGCUUUGAAAGUCACUGCUGUAGCCAUAGCUCUUGCUGUGCUCUUUGUCGGCAUGUUCCCCGACUUGUCCGCAGGAAUGGUGUUUUUCCUUCUGAUGGAUAUACCAACAGCUGUAUUUGCCACCUUCCUGAUGUUCGGGCAGCACCUGACAAACGGGCAGUGGGGCCCUAGCGUUUGGGUGGAUAAGAUCUGUGUGAGUCAGACAGACGAGGAAGCUAAGCAACAGGGCAUUGCCGGGCUGCCCACGGUGGUGGCCUGUUCCUCUCGGUUGUUAGUUUUGUGGGAUGGCACGUAUUUUGAAAGGCUUUGGUGCAAUUUAGAGCUGUCUGUAUUUGUGAAAUGCAGCGGAGUGAAGAACGUUCGAUUUCUGCCGCUGUGGCUGGCCCCGUGGCUUCUGACUAUGCUCUGCGUUACUUACCUGGAGCAAAGGCUCCAAGCGCUAGCGGUCACGAGCAAUCCUUAUCUUGGUGACGAUGUGGUGAGUCCUCGAGAGACAGGGGUCGAAGAUGCGGGCUUCGGUUGGCACCAUUUGCUAGUGUUCCAGGAGUACACGCAGGCAUCUCUAGUCUUCUACGUGUUGCUUGCUGUGGCGAGUGUUUUUACUUUCCAGCAGAAGCUGGAUGGGCACAAGCUCAUGCUCGAACAUCUGAAGUCCUACGACAUCCGCACGGCAAAGUGCUCGGUCGAGAGCGACCGCCCAGUUAUCGAAGGACUUGUCGCAGAGUUGUUCGAUGGACUUGACGAUCCGGUCGUUUCAGUGCCUUUCGAGACCGACACCUCCGUCGCAGAGGCGGGCCACGAUCUGCCGGUUGCUUCCUUGUCGUUGUCGCCAGAAGAUCGGCUGGCAAUACGCUCUGUCACUGGCUACCUGAACCACGAAGAUUGCCUGGCAACGUUCAACGAUUACAUGCGUGGCAUUGUACGGGAGUCCGUUCUGGAAGACCUUGGCCGCGAGACUGAUGUCUCGUGGAGCAUUUGCGUGCUGUCGUUUCUGCCCACUGUGCUAUACUGCUUGGGGUUCUCAUGGGCUUGCAAAUCUUCGUAUGCAACAUUGGGCUUCACAUCAUCCAGCCAGAUGCUCAUGGUUGUCACUGUUCAGUAUGGCAUCUUUGGCACCAUAGCAAUGCCUGCGGUGCAUCCACUCUUACUCUGCCUCAUGGAUGCGCUGACCGCCCGCACAGAAGCGGGAUGUUUUCGAGUCUGCUUGUCCUUGUGGCUGGCACUUCUGGUCUACAGCUUCGUCCUCGCACUCUUCGGUCUCGUGGCCGGUGCUCUUGAGAGCUGGGUUAUUACGCAGCAGAACAUUUUCUUGGUGGUGUUCUUUAUGGGACUCUUUCUGCCGAUGCUGCUAAGCUGCUUGGCUUUCAGGAGGGACUGGCGCAUGCCACACUUCUCCUGCCGGUGUCUCAAUCGAGCGCCAGCAGCUUCUGACUACGAUGCUCUACCUUGA